AUGACCGGUAUAUCUCUGUUAUCUAAUGAUCACCAUCAUAAUGAAAUAGAACCUGUCUCAGUAUCAUCGGUGAAUCAAUCAUCUUUAAAUAAUAUUGAUAGUGAUGAUUCAGAUAAAGAGUCUCAUCAGUUACGACCAUCAAUUAUAACAGCAACAACAACAGCUAUUAGAAAACAAAAACAAAUACAUAAAAAAAAAGCAUUUUUUAAUGAUGAUAACAAUAAUCAUCAUUAUGAUGAAGAAAAAAUAUCAAAUGAUGAUUCUUCUCUACUAAAUGAAUCACAUAGACCAAAUAAUAAUAAUAAUAGUCAUGAACAAUAUCAAUCAUUUUUAACUAUACCCAAUCAUAAUAAUCAUUUAGUUAAUAUUAAUUUAAAUAAUUCAAGUAUAAUAUUACUUCAACAAGAACAACAAUCAAUUAAUGAAGAAAAUCAAACAAGUAAACCAUUUAAAAGAAAAAUGGUCUCAUUUAGUACAAUGCCAUUUGAGAAAAAAGUUGCCGAUGUCUGCGAUUGUUUACGCUAUAUGCAAGCUGGAAGUGAUUUUCUUAAAGUUCGUUCGUAUGCCAGACAAUUUCGACGUUUUUAUAAAUUAAAUGAAAAUUUUACGGCAAUUAGUUGGCAACCAACAUCAAAAAAACUGUCAAAAGCAAUAAUUAGUGUUGAUUCAAUAAAAGAAAUACGAUCAGGAAAAACAACUGAUCGUUUACGUGAAUAUGCAAAUCAUUUUCAAAGUGAAUGUUUAUUUUCAAUUAUAUACACAAAUGGGAGUGAUGAAUGUGCUUCACUCGAUCUGGUAGCGAGUAAUUCAGAUGAAGCAAAUAUUUGGACAACCGGUCUUUCUUGUCUUAUACAACAGAAUCAAAAUCAAACAUCACCAACUGAUGUUCGAACAUUAGAAGAUCGACAACAAAUGAGAGAUAGAUGGUUAAGAGACGCAUUUCAAUUAGGUACACCAACAACAACAACAACAGUUGAGAAUAAUUUAUUAGAUGAAGAUGAAGCAUUAAGAUUAUUAGUGGAUUAUGGAAUAGCGGAAGAUAAAGCAAAAGUUCGAUUACAAGAAAUUCAACGAUGUAAAAUCGAUAAUAAUCGUCGUGGUUGUUUUACAACUGAACAAUUAGUGCAGAUAUUUAAAGAACUAUCAACAAGACCUGAAAUUUAUCAUUUAUUAGUCAGAUAUUCUCAGAAUCAAGAUUUUUUAUCGUUACAAGAUUUAAUCUUAUUUCUUGAAGUCGAACAAGGAAUGGCUAAAGUAACAAAAGAAAAAUGUUCAGAAAUCAUUAACGAAUUUGAACCAUCUAUAGAAGCUAAACAAGCAGGACAUCUUGGUAUUGAUGGUUUUACAGCGUAUCUACUCUCACCUGAAUGUGAUAUAUUCGAUCCUGAUCAUCGUACAAUAUGUCAAGAUAUGGAUCAACCAUUAAAUAAUUAUUUUAUUGCUACAUCUCAUAACACAUUUUUAUUAACUGAUCAACUAAAAGGACCAUCAAGUGUUGAUGGUUUUAUUCAUGCACUUAUGCGUGGUUGUCGAUGUUUAGAAAUUCAUUGUUAUGAUGGACAAGAUAAUAAUGAACCAUUAAUACAUAAUGGAACAUUAACUUCUAAAAUACCAUUUGCUGAUACAAUUGAAAUGAUAAAUAAUUAUGCGUUUGAAACAUCUAGUUAUCCAUUAAUAUUAUGUAUAGAAAAUCAUUGUAGUCUUCCACAACAAGAUCGUUUAGCUGAAUUAUUAAUAAAUGUAUUUGGUGAUAAAUUAUAUAUACAAAGUAUAGAUGAACGAUUACCAUCGCCAAAUCAAUUGAAAGGAAAAGUAUUAAUUAAAGUAUGUAUUAUUAUAAAAUUACCAUUAAAUUCAAAUAUUAUUGAUUAUGGUGAAAUCACUGAUGAUGAUGAUUGUUAUGAAGAUAAUAAACGACGAAUAAAAAAGGAUAACAUCACUACACCAAAACGUCGAAAAUUAUCAAAAGCAUUUUCUGAUUUAGUAUCAAUACUUCAAUCAGUGCUUUUUGAAGAUUUUAAUUCAUCAUUUACUAAACAACGUUGUGAACAAAUAUGUACAUUUAGUGAAAAUGCCGCAUUGCGUUUGGUUACUAGCGAUGCUGAAGAUUUUGUUAGUUAUAAUAAACGUUUUCUAUCGAGAGUAUUACCGGGAACAUGGCGAGUUGACUCAUCAAAUUUAAAUCCACAAGAUUUUUUUAAUGUUGGAUGUCAAUUAGUUGCCAUGAAUUAUCAGACAGCUGGUAAAUUUAUGGAUGUUUAUUUUGGUCGAUUUUUAUCUAACGGUAGUUGUGGUUAUAUUUUAAAACCACCUUAUUUAAGAGAUGAUAAUUCAUCUUAUGGUAACGGUAACAAUGGGACUAGUAGUAUUGCACGUACGUCAAAUUUAUAUUCAUCAAACACAUCACAAGUUUUGCAUGUCAAAAUAAUUAGUGCACUUCAUUUGCCACGUCCUGAACAAGCUGAAAUGAAAGCAAAUAGUGUUGAUCCAUAUGUUGUUGUACAAAUAUUUGGUGCACCAAGAGAUUGUGAUGAAAUUCGAACAAAAACUGUUUAUCAUAAUUGGGAUAAUCCACGUUUUGAUGAAAGUUUUGAAUUUGAAAUUACAUUUCCAGAAUUGACACUUGUUCGUUUUGUGGUAUUAGAUGAUGAAUCAUUAGAUUAUGAUUUUAUUGGACAAUAUACCCUUCCAUUUGAAUGUAUUCAACCAGGUUAUCGUCAUGUUCAUUUGUAUACAAUUGGUGGAGAAUUAAUUUCAAAUGCAUUUCUAUUCAUUCAUAUUGUUAUUUGUAGUAAAUCAUUAGCCGUAAAAUCUCGUCGUUCUCUAUCACGUUAUCGUCAUUCGUUAACACGACGUAAAACACGUGUAGCAGCAUUUAGACAAGUAAAUUAUAAACAAAUCGAUGAAUUAUUUAAAUCUAUUAUUCAACCGUUAGAAACAGCAUUUGAAUUACGUCAUGAUGUUGAACAAAGUCUUCUUGAAUUAAAUAUUAGUUGUGGUUUACCAGAAAUAUCAAAUGUUAAACAAUGUAUUAGAAAAAUAGCUAGUCGAUUACAAAAAGCAAAUUUAAUGGAAAAUGUCAAAAUUAUUAAUAAAACUGAUAUACCUAUAUUAGAAUAUUCCGGUACAUUACCAGAAUUAUCUCGUCAAUCUGUUGCUGCAUUAGAAGAAGUAAUAACACGUUGUCGAGCAUUAUCUGAAAAUGGUAUUAUGAUACUUAAAAAGUUAACUGCUGCUCAAACGGAAUUAUGUGAAUUUAAUAAAGAUUUACCAAAAUUAUUAGAUCCAAAUCAAUUAAAAACAAAAAAGAUCACAAAAAAUAUUGAUAAUUUUUCAUAUAAUAUGGCUUUAUUACAAGGACAAGCAGAUCUAUUGAAAAAAGCGAAACAAGAUGCAAAUAUUACAAUACGUCAGGUACUUGAUGCAGCUGAAGCAACACAUUUACUACAGUGCUGA